AUAUAAAUAUUUUUAAACCGAAAGUAAUUGGAUUUCGCGACCAGUGUUUUCUGAAAACGGAAUGGCACGAAACAAGAAAGGUCAAUUUUCGAAGAGAAAACCAAUAAGUCGACACAAGAAAUUGUUGAAUAAUGGUCACUAUUAAUGUGGAAACGAUGUAACAACCACUCGCGUUGAAAAUAAUGGAUUAGAUCUAGAUGAAUCGUGGAAAGUGGGAAGAAGACUGGUUGAGUGGGAAGUGCUUCUUGAUAAUCUUAAAUAUUGUAAAAAGUGUAAACUUGGGCCUGUGCCACUGACAAUAAACACAAUUCAAGGGGAACUUCAGGAAGGACUUGGAGGGUAUUUAUAUGUGAAAUGUGAAAAUCCUGAUUGUGAAUACAUUAACCGUGCUGCCUACGGAAAGACAUACCACCAGACAGCCUGAACGUCGAGGCAUGCCUUGCUUUGCAGUAAACACCAAACUUGGAACUGAAACAAAUAUGUGGAAACUGGUUCUGGUCGGACUUUUACUCGGCACAUCCUUUGGUCCAGUAGAUUGUUUACUUGGAUGGCUUUUUGAAGGCGUUGGAAAAAUUAUAGGAUCAGUUGUUAAACCGGUUUUUGGCAUUGAUAAAUUUGAGAGGCAGGCAGAACAGGGCCGACAUUCUGUUGAAGCCGGUAUAGCAACUUUUAACGGGAACGUUGCGAAUAGUUUAAGAAAUUUGGACACUUAUGUCAAAAAUGAAAUUAUACCUGAAAUAAAGAAGAUGACAGAAUCUGGAACAGAAAUAGCAGAAAGUGCCAAGGACAUGGCGGAUAAUGCUAAGAAACUAGUAAACGAGGUGAUUGAAGUAUUAAUUCCAGCCGCCACAGAAACACUGGACGCCGCCCGAGAUAUGAUGUUUGGAAUAACAGACAGCACAAAACAAGUAGCAAAUUCGACUUCCCGAUUAUUAGAUACUGCUACUGAUGUUUUGAUACCAGAAACUGCACAGACGUUGAACACCACUCGUUGGAUGAUGAUAGAGUUUGUGAACAUUACACGAGGGAUACAAGGAAGGAUAGGACAAAGUUUAGACAACGUGGACUAUAUCUUGGAACUUUUAAUUGCUCUUAUGUUUAUGUUUCUCGGCUUUGUAUGUGGAUAUGAACUUCGACGUGUUGGGUACAUAUUGAGACCACGUGGUUUUGUAGCGUUAGAGAUUUGUUUACUAAAAUGGUCCAGAAUUGUAUGCUUUGUCUCUGCUUUUCUUCUAGCUGUUCGCAUAAUACUAAAGAUGCUACAGAUAAGUUUAUUUUCGAAACCGGAAAGGCUUCUGUUCUUCAUCUUGUUUCCGAUUUUAUCUGUAUUUUCAUAUUAUGUACUACGCCUUCUACUUUUUCUCUUCCAUCUGCUCUGCACUGGCUUGUAUUACCUGUUCUGUUUAGUUAAAUACUUGCUGUAUUUUCCCUAUCUUAUUUUAUACUAUGUCUUCCUGGCACCAUUUGUGUUAACAUAUGAAUGUUUUGUAAAUAGAAACACCCAUCUUAACAGAAUCGGAGCACUCAUUAUCUACUGUAUGCCGGUAAUUUUCUGUUUAUUGUACUGCGGAUGCGAGGAAGUGAUGGACUCCCUGUUAAAAGCAACAGAAAAAGAAAACUCAAAUUCAGUGGAUGCAGAUGCAGAAUACUCUUUAACUUGGCUGUAUUCACUUUUGGUAACUUUUGUUGCAUUUUAUCUCGUUGCAGUAGUUUUAAAGUUCUGCUAUCCACCACCUGUCCCAAGGCCAUUUGUAGCAGGCGUCCGCGUCACCGAAACAUACGUUAAAUCUUUGAAGUUCAUUCCAUACACCUGAUUAAUCUUGUAUCAUAUGAAUCCGUCAGACCUGCUAAAAUUCAGAAUAUAGUUUUGUAAAUAGAGAUAACCGCCCAAAGAGAAACGGAGCUUUAAUAAUGUACUGCAUGCCGGUAAUUUUCAGUUCAUUGUACUGUUAUGCAUGCCGGGAAGUGAUCGACUCUAGGUUGUAAGCAACUAAAAAAUGAGAACUCUAAAUUCGGAGACGUAGAUGCGGAGUAUUCUCAAACUUUGCCCUAUUUUCUAUUAGUAUUUUUUAUUUUGUUCUAUGGUCUAGCAAUAUUCUAAAGUUUUGAUAUUCUGUAUAAGCAUUUUGUAGCUGACGCUAGUAGCCGACAUAGACGUUGAAAUAUCCCAUUUCUUCUGUUAAAAAUCAUUUAAAUAUUGUCAUUUAAAUAUGUAUAACCCAAAUUAACUAGCUACUAGAUACUAGUAUACGUCGCGAUAAAUAUAGAUCCCUUCCUUGUCGCACCUGUCAGUCUCCUAUGUUGGUCCAAACAAACUAAUGAAUAGCUUUAACAGUAAUCAUGUUUUGUAUACUUUAUAUGUAGAGAUGUUGAAACAGUGCGAAAAUAACAAAUGUAAUUGGUUAACUAAUGUUAAAACACUUUUAUAAGAAACAGGUUUUUAAGAAGUUUGGCUAUUUCGUGAUUCUGUUAUAAGUGUAACACAUUUUAUAUCCAUGUUUAAAGUUCGCUUGAAGGAGAUGUAUAUAUCACAGUGGCGUGAAGGUGUACGUAACUCCAGCGCAUUGACUCUGUACAAAGAAAUUAAAUCUAAUUUUGAAGUAUCUGCCUACUUAAGUAUAUUAGACAAUGUGAAACAUAGACAGGCACUAGCAAAACUUAGACUUUCAUCGCAUAAACUAAAUAUAGAGCAGGGAAGACAUCGAAACAUUCCAAGAGCAGACCGGAAGUGUCAUAUGUGUGUAAAAAAAUGACUUAGAAGAUGAGUACCAUUUUGUGCUUGUAUAUGAUGCCGCUUACAGACAGUUGAGAAAAAAAUAUUUACCAUCAGUUUUUACGAGUUCCCCUAGUAUGUUUAAGUUCAUAAACUUGAUGAAUAGUGAUAAUAAAGUAUUGUUACAUCGACUAUCAAAUUAUAUCAUUAAGGCAUUUCAACUUAGGGAUAGGAGUACAAAUGUUCCUGUAUAAAUGACACAACACUUUGUUUACACUCUCAUGUAUAUGUAUAUGUAUAUAUAUUUGUACUUGCCAUUCAUUAUCUUUUUGCAUGUCAUUUGUUUAAUAUGUUAUGGAGACAGAUGAUAAGCUGUAAUGCUUAAAUCUAAAUAAAUUAUCUGUUCUGUUCUGUUCUGUUCUGUUCAUGUGCCGAAACUGUCACGCUAGCUUACUAACUCGGUGGUUCUACUCGUGUAUGUCCAUGCCUAAAAUUAUGUCUGAAAGGUCAUCCGGGGUCUUCAUAACACAAUUCAAGCUGAUUUGAAGUCGCCAAGCAGAAUUAUUAUUAAGCGUACAUUGGUAUUUUAUAAGUGUUUAAGUGGCAGGGGCCAGUUUCGCAUUUGGCCCGGGUACGUUUUUUAAAUAAAAUAUACAUAUGUACUUUACAGGCAUAUAUAUUCAACUGGUUAUUUAUGAUGUUUAUAGAACUAAGGAUUCCUGCGUACGAGUGAUUAUUGUGUAAAAUAAAUAUGUGCAUGUAUCGAUUUUCCUAGCUCCAUGUAGACGGCCGGAUCUAAAACUUUACCUGAGGUAACGGAAGUCAGACGAAUUGGAAACGGUCAUCCAUCCAUCCAGCUUCAGCUCAAAUUUGCGGAAAAAGUAAACGGUUAUGAGACACUUUUCUUCCCACCAUUAUUUUCGUCUGGCCACAUGCUUUAAAAAUAUGCAUGUGUAUUAGGUCAGUCAUUUGCAGAUAAUACGGUAAAGGUCGCGCAACGUGUGCAUUUUGGGCCAUUUUUGUCUAAAAAUUUAGUGUCCUGAAACCUGCGUUUUACUCGUUUUUAUCACAGAAGCAACAGAAUCGGCAGACUGAAAAUGUCACAUAAUGAAGUGCUAUGUCUACGCAAGACAUUCGCUUAAAAAUUGCCUUGAAUUUGUCGAAAUUGGAUUUUUUAUGAUUUUUUUCGCACUGGUAUCAGCGCUGAGUUGUGGAGUUUUCAAAUUUACUGUCCCUUGCCCCCAUAAGUGAAUUCGGCAAAAAUUAAAUUUCGAAAAAUCUCUUGAUUUUGCGCAGUUUUAGGUAGUUUAGAACCUCUAGAUUGAUAUUUUAAACUUUCUGGGGACUUAAAACGCUAAAUGACGGCACAGCAGCUCAAAAAUGUUACGGUGAGGACACAUCAAGGUUUGAAAGUCAAUAUCUGCACAGACGAUUUUUUAAAAUUCUACCACCAUUAACAGUGUUUUAGCACCGUAAAAACACCGUUUUCAUUAUUCUUAACCCACGUAGCGCAUAUUUAGCCAAUCAGCUCUGCAUUCCAUCAAUCAGGGGGAUGCUUGGAGGGUGGGGACCCCAUGAAAUAGGCAAAUAGGGGGUGGGGGCAUUUUAUUUUCGCAAAAUGAUGCGAAUAUGACUUUAUUUCAUUUUUACUGAUGGAAUACGUUGAAUUACGCCAGAAAAUGAUAAAAACGGACGUACUUUACAUUAUUUGUCUCGUAGCGGCAAAUUGUAAAUUUUGGCUCAUUUUGCGCGAGAGGGAUGGGCUAGUUUAGAUGCUCACAUACAGACAUCUUUUCAUGCUACUAAAAUUAUUUUUGUGUGGUUUUAUUCGCAAAAGAGGUAUUAAAGUUCAGAACCAGUAAAAUCCGCUUUUGGUCAUAAAAAGAAAAAUCAUAAAUACAUCGCCGUACAACAAUAGGUUGAUUUUCACACCUUACAAAUAACAUGGAUAUUUUUUGACAAGCUGUGAUAUCGACGAAACCAGGUGUAAAAGCAGUACAGGUAAGUUGACGGGACUGAAAAAUCUCAUCGAGCUAAACAAAAUAUCGAGCUAAUUAUAUCGAGGUAAUGAUAAAUACUUACAUUAAGAUAAAUAGGGAAAAAUCGGGACCGACUAAAACACAUCGUGCUAACCGAAGUAUCGAGCUAACCGAUAUCGAGGUAACGAUAUUCAACUGUAAAUACCGAAAGACACUGAAAAACAGAAAGACACCAAAAACAUUAUAAAAAUAUAUGAAACGAAUGAAAUAAGAUGCUCUAGACAUAUAUUACGAUCUUGUGAUAUAUCAAGAAUUACAUUCGAUGAUCAAUUUCAAUGAAUUUUACAUAUUCCUUAAUGUUACCAAUCUGCAAAAUCGUGAGUGAUAUUCAAUUUGCCUACUAAUGAGUUGUUAUUAAUUUUAUGUUGAUAUACCGAAUUAAUAAAUAAGUUCAUUUUCAAUUCUAUAUCUUUUCAACAUUAAUAUAAUGACUUUUUGUGAAUGAUAGAAAUAAAGGCAAUGCUCAAGUUACAAUCAAAGCUUGAACUUUCUAUUUUCAACUCUUAUAUUUGAUCUUUUAAAACUCAAAAAGAUUGUUAUUGUUUAUGUAUAAUGUGCAUUUAUACAAGACAAUUGUUGAUACCGUACUUCCCUGAAUUGUAAAUAGAUAUGUAAACUGCCACACAAUUAUUUGGUGAUGGACGUAUGAUGUAAUACGUUUUUGCCAAUUAAAUACAAAAUGUAUUUGA